AUGGUAAAUAUAUUUGAUAUUUCCGUUAAAAACAUUUUUAAAAGUCUCAUCCUUGAUUCUUUCAUGAAGGAUGAGUUUAUACAAAAACGUUUAAGUCCUAAAGGUUUCUUUAGUAGAAAUAAGUAUUGGUUAGCAGGUUUAGCAGAUACUGCGCUAGUUGCUGGAGUUGCUUUAGGUCCAUUUCCGUUUACUGGGUUCGUAGCAGCGUUAGGAUUUGGUGAAGCUAGUAUUGUUGCUGGAUCUAUAGUGUCAUGGAUGAUGUCAUUACAAGUUGGGGCUGUCGCUGCAGGUAGCACCGUGUAUAUUUUACUAUCAGUUGGUGCAGCUGGUUUAGGUAUUGGAGGAUUUUUUGCUACUAGUGCUGGAGGUGCUUAUUUUGGUGCUGCAAUUGCUAAAGUGAUACUAAUGAUAUCAGAAUCAAAUUUCGAAGAAUUUGCAGAAAUGGAAAAUUUUAUUUUCAUUUAUGAAAGUGAUGUCAAUGAAAAUGAUGAAGAAAAAAAUAAUUUGCAUAAAAAAAUGAUUUUUAACAUGAAGCAACCACUUCUCGAUAGUAAUGAGAAUGAAAAAUUAAAAUCCUUUCUUAAAGGGUUUGACUUGGCUCGGCAAGUUUUCCAAGACAGAGCAAAGAAAUUCGAAUUUUUAGUUGAUAGAGAAGAGGAAAAGUGUCUUGAAGGACCAAGUUUUUUACAUAAACAUUUAAUCGAUACUUACAGAGAUAAUUGUGUUACUUUGGAAAAGAAUA